AUGCAGCGCAAGGCUGAGGCUUGCCAGAUCACUCACCCCCCGCUCAGCUUUGCCAUGGUAGCAAAACCUCAUUCACACAAGAAACCUGGCAGACGAGACAUUCACUAUGCGGUCAGCGUCGCGCUACGGACUGUCCGAGGUGAAGUCCGUCGAUGCUCCAAGCGCAUUAAGCGCAGCGAGCUGACAACCCCAUCUCCAAAUCGCAGCAUCAUACUCGUUCACGGACUCUUCGGCGACGCUUACAAGACAUGGACGGCGAGAGUAUCUGACACCUUGCGCGCACAAGAUCACACGCAGCCGAGAAACGAGGACGGGGUCUUCUGGCCCAGAGAUUUACUGCCGGACGUGAUCAAAGAUGCGAAUGUUUUCACCUGGGGUUAUAAUGCGGACAUCGACAGUCUCUUCACCGCUGCGUCGCAGAAUACAGUGAAGCAGUACGCUGAGAAUCUCCUGGCCGAUAUUGCGGACAGGCUGGAGGCUGCAGAACCAAAACCUACGGCGCCACGAUUCAUCAUAUUCGUUACACAUAGUUUGGGUGGCUUGAUUGUCAAAGAUGUGAGCAAUAUCCUUGCACUUAAUCAAUCCUCGCGAAUUGAAGGAACAAGAUUGAAGAAUAUCACGCCGCUGACCUUCGGUAUAUGCUUCUUGGGGACUCCCCAUCGAGGCUCGUCAACCGCGUCCAUUGGAAAGAUUGCAUACACAGCAACUAGAGCAGCAACGCGAAGACCGAAUGUGAGGUUGCUACGCGAGCUAGAGCAGAACUCGGAUACCUUGGAUCGCAUUGGUUCAGAGUUUCUUCAAACCAUUCAACGACACGCGCUUCAUAUUUACUCCUUCCGAGAAGAAUAUGAAACCAGGAAAUAUAUUUUUUUUCAUUCCAUUGUUGUGAAAUCAGACUCCGCGAAGAUUGGUCAUGCAGCAGAGGAAAGCAAGGACGACGUCGGCUUCAAGCGCGUGAGCGCACAGUUAAGUCGAUGGGUGGAUAAGAUUAAGAGUUUGGAUGAUGGACAGAUCGCUGCUCAAGUGCUCGAGAGCUUGAGUCACCGGGUUGCUGGCGCACGCAGGGCAGAAAUCCUUGAGGAGUAUCAGUCGACAUUGCAGUGGUUGUUUGAUCCGAAUGAAGUUGCUUUUGCUGACUGGCUAGACCAAGGGGGGAAAUAUCCUGAUCGAAUCUUCUGGGUCCAGGGAAAGCCCGGUUCGGGGAAGUCAACUUUAAUGAAAAUGGCCCUGGAAGACGAGAGAACCGUGGAGCUUCUGAGAAAAGGUUCACUACGUGAUAAUUCUGAAAGCUCGACCAAAAGCAUGGAGUCUCGAAAUUCUUCUAGCAGUAAUAGCAGUAAUGGGAUGCAUCGUAUCACCGGGGUUGCUCCAGUCUGGGUCAAAGCUGGCUUUUUUUUUCAUAGCCGAGGCAUAGAUAUGCAGAAGUCUCUUAUAGGAAUGAUGCAAGACCUUCUUUUCCAGGUUCUUGAGAAGUUCAAUUCCCUUGUGGAUCUCAUAUAUCCGAUCUACGUGGAAUUAACCCUCAAACAACAGACAAAACGGCCUUCUUGGACUCUAACAACCUUGACUCAGGCAUGGACGGCCAUCAUCAAGCAAGAGAAAAUCCCAAACCUCCGACUGAUUUUGUUUUUAGAUGCUCUUGACGAACAUGAGUCAUCGCGCAAUGUGAACAACGAGCGGCUCGUGGCACUCAUUAAAGAGCUCUCCGAAAUCAAAAAUGAGAAUACCAUUGUUCUGUUCUGCCUUGCCAGCAGACCUUGGACGGCCUUCAAAAAACAUUUUGAGGGAUAUCCCGGAUUUACGAUGCAGGAUCAUACUAAGAAGGACAUUGAGCUGUACACUCGAGGCCGUAUACUUCCCAAUCUGAACAAAGAGUCUGCGUUAUCAACCACCUGGGGCUCCCUCAUCGACAGAAUCGUGGAUAGGGCAUCCGGCGUGUUUAUAUGGGUUAGGCUGGUUGUCGAUGAGAUGGUCAAGGCAAUAAAGGACGGCACGCCAUUUGCCGACCUUGAAGAAAAAUUGCAGAGAACACCUGAUGAACUUGGUGAAUUAUACACAUAUACGCUAAAGCGAAUUGAAGCCCCAUAUCAUCUGGAAGCAUAUAUUAUGAUUCAACUGGUGAUUUACGCACGGAGGCCCCUAAUACUGGAGACUCUGUACAAUUGUGUAUACUUCUUGAAACAUGGAUCACACUCCGAUUACCAAGCAUCUACAGAGGAAAUGCGAUUGUUCCUCAACAGCAGGAGCGGUGGAUUGCUGGAAACUGUAUUUCGAAAUUCUCUUGGAAAGAAUGAUAAUUCAAAUCAUGAUAGUCUCGAGCCUGCGCAAAGAUCGGGGUCACGGCAGCGGGCAAAAACAGAGUACGUUCAACCAAUUCACCAGACGGUCAAUGAUUUUGUGAUUGAGAACACCUCCGAAUGGCCCGUAGAGCUUGUUCAAGACGCAAUGCCACGUCUAACUGGGUUCCUCUACCUUCUGAAAUGUGCGAUUGAGGGUUCCAGGCACCCAAGUAUGAGUGAUCUUGAAUCGGAUUUCUUAUACUACGCUCGGAAGGCAGAGCUUGAUCCGAGUCAUCUGUCACCAUCGGAGGUCUCUACUUGUAUUCAAAGCUCAUUACACCAUCUAUUAUUGCUCAACGAGUCUCGCAGGCGCUUACAGCAUUGGUCAGAAAGCCGUAAAGUGUUCAAAGCCUUUCCGAUAUUGCACGAAUCUUUGCUUAACGAGAACAUCACUCUCUCAACCAUAACAACUGACAUUGCCUCACUCAUUCUGUUAGCCGCGACAACCGCAGCAGGAAUUAGAUCAUUUCCCGCCCUUUUCAAAGAUGAGUCGGGCUUCAUUCAUGAACAUCUUAAAGAAGCCCAUGAGCGGUACAGCAAACUCGGCUUCUGCGAUUCUCUGUAUCCCAUAGGAAGCUUUUUAUAUCACCUAUCAGCCUCUGCAGCAAUAUGCUUGCCAGACAAUGGGAACGUGGAGCCGCUCGAGGCACUGAAAGCUGCACAGGAGGCCAUCAGUCAGAUUGGUAAUGACAAAGCCUUGGACGCUAAGUCAACGAUAUGUGUUUCUUUUCCGAACGGUUCCACUGAAAUUAUUGUCCGACUACUAGAUGUUACACCUCUGGGUGCACUCCUGCUGGCUCGUGGUUGCACUAGUGCAUCAGAUGAAGAUCGGGUCAAAGCCGCGAGAUAUCUCCUGGAAGCUGGUGCUGAUCCUAAUUCUGAGCUUCUCUUGGCUUGGCCUUCGAAUCCUUCAGAAUACGCGUUAUCCCAUUUUCCCUUUCAAUAUCGACAGAAUUGUCUUCAUCACUGUGCUCGGUUUGAAAGCAGCGCAAUGAUAAAACUGUUUCUUGAGCAUAAAGCAGACCCCAAUUGUAUGGACAGCAUGAACAUGACACCUUUGAUGUACGCCGCAUUGAGGAAUGACAAAGAUUCGCUGGAGACAUUUCGCUACUUCAACUAUGAACCUCAAAUUUCCAGUCCCUCGACAUCGGCCUCCCAAGUGAUCUGGCCAUGGCUAUCGAUUCCUACGCAGGUUGGCUCAGCGCUUGCAGGCUGCGAUAUAAUCCGUCAACGUGCAGCUAAUAACAAUCGUGGGCGAGGAUCAUCUUACUAUUACUAUUCUGGUUCUGAUAACUACUCAGUCAGUUCUGCGUUUUCAACUGUUCGUGAAGACUAUAUUCGAAGAUCGCAUCGCAGUCGUGGAUAUCAAUAG